UACUUUGAAGACUCUUGAUAUGGCAUUGGAAGCUGGAUAUCGUCUAUUUGAUACUGCUGCAAUGUACAAUAAUGAAGGGGAUAUUGGAGAUGCAUUGAAGGAACUUUUACCAAGACAUAAUUUAUCUCGAAAAGAUAUUUUCAUCACAACCAAACUAUACCCUGAGGAUCAUGGCAAGGCUGAUAAGGCAAUAGAAUCGUCUUUAAAAAAACUGGACUGUGACUACAUUGAUCUCUAUUUGAUACAUUGGCCAGGCACUUAUGGAAAAUCUGAACAUGCAAAAAUGCGAAGCAAGAGUUGGGAACAAAUGGUUGAAUGUGUGAAGAAAGGUUUUGUGAGAAAUAUUGGAGUUUCCAAUUAUACAGUUCGCCAUUUGAAAGAACUUCUAAACAAUGAUUUUGGCAUCAGGCCAGCUGUUAAUCAGGUGAAACAAGAAGAUUUCAGUAUCAUGAAACUUUAUUAUUUAUAUAUUUACAGCACUGAUCAGCUCAAUUUACUUUCCGAAUAUUAACAGAAGCUCUUUCUU